CCACCUGCACACCCUCCCUCCCUGCUCCCCAGAUCCUGCUCCCAGCUGCUGGGACAGGACAGCGGCUGUAGGCAGUCCCCUGACAGUCCAGGAGGAUGAGUGGUUGCGGGAGGAAGGCCCUGACCCUGCUGAGCAGCGUCUUUGCUGUGUGCGGCCUGGGUCUCCUGGGCAUCGCAGUCAGCACCGACUACUGGCUGUACCUGGAGGAGGGUGUGAUCCUGCCGCUUAACCAGAGCACGGAGAUCAAGAUGUCCCUGCACUCUGGCCUCUGGCGAGUCUGCUUCCUUGCAGGUGAGGAGCGGGGCCGCUGCUUCACCAUAGAAUAUGUGAUACCCAUGAACACCCAGCUGACAUCCGAGUCUACCGUCAACGUUCUAAAAAUGAUUCGCUCUGCCACGCCAUUCCCUCUGGUCAGCCUUUUCUUCAUGUUCAUUGGGUUUAUCUUGAACAACAUCGGACACAUCCGUCCCCACAGGACAAUACUGGCCUUUGUCUCUGGCAUCUUCUUUAUCCUCUCGGGCCUCUCUCUUGUGGUCGGCCUGGUGCUCUACAUCUCCAGCAUCAAUGAUGAGAUGCUCAACAGGACCAAGGACUCAGAGACCUAUUUCAACUACAAAUACGGAUGGUCGUUUGCCUUCGCUGCCAUCUCCUUCCUUUUAACGGAGAGUGCUGGGGUGAUGUCUGUGUACCUGUUCAUGAAGCGGUACACCGCUGAGGACAUGUACAGGCCUCACCCUGGCUUCUACCGCCCGCGUCUGAGCAACUGCUCUGAUUACUCGGGCCAGUUCCUACACCCGGAUGCCUGGGUCCGGGGCCGCAGCCCCUCUGACAUCUCCAGCGACGCUUCCCUGCAGAUGAACAGCAACUACCCAGCCUUGCUCAAGUGCCCCGACUAUGACCAGAUGUCAUCUUCCCCCUGCUGAACCUUGGCUGCCUCCCUCCCUGGACUGUGGACAGUCGGACAGCCCCUCCAGUGCUCCCCCUGCCUGGCCCGUGAGCCCAGGCCUGUGGUUGACAGGCCCAGGCCAUCCCAUGCUUAACUCUUGUUGCUUGACCCAUGUCUUCUCCCUGCUUCCCCCAGAGUAGCUAUAACCUCCGCCAGGGUCGGGGUCUGGAGUCUGGGGCCAGCGGGCAAGCUGGCUGAGAGUGUGGGUGUAGCCCAGCCC